GGUUGCCCGGACGACGCCGUGUGUUGGGGCCGCGCGCGCGCCGGGGGAUGGAGACCCGGCUCGGUCCUCCCCGGCCCGGGACUCCGGAGGCUCGGGGCAGCCGCGCGCCGCUGGACACGACCUGGGGGGUCUCCUGACCGGCCGGCAUGAGCCGCAAGAAGCUGCAGAAGCUGACCGACACCUUAACGAAGAACAGCAAGCACUUCAGUAAAUUUGAAGUGAAAAGUCUUAUAAAUCUUUUCCAUAACCUGGUGGGAGACAGAGCAGAACGGGCAGGUGUGGCAGCUGGAUUAGAUCGUAAUGCAUUUCGAAACAUCCUGCAUAUGACAUUCGGAAUGACAGAUGACAUGAUUAUGGACAGAGUUUUUCGAGCUUUUGAUAAAGACAAUGAUGGCUCUGUAAGUGUAUCAGAAUGGAUUUAUGGAUUAUCAGUGUUUCUUCGAGGAACUUUAGAAGAAAAAAUGAAAUAUUGCUUUGAAGUAUUUGAUUUGAAUGGUGAUGGAUUUAUUUCCAAGGAUGAAAUGUUUCACAUGUUAAAAAACAGCCUUCUUAAGCAGCCUUCUGAAGAAGACCCUGAUGAAGGAAUUAAAGAUUUGGUUGAAAUAACACUGAAGAAAAUGGAUCGGGACCAUGACGGGAAGUUGUCUUUCGCGGACUACGAAGGGGCGGUUCGGGAGGAAACGCUGCUGCUGGAAGCCUUUGGACCCUGCCUACCCGACCCGAAGAGCCAGAUGGAGUUUGAAGCACAGGUAUUCAAAGAUCCAAAUGAAUUCAAUGAAAUGUGAAUACCCCAAUGUCUUUGUUGUCGCAAACAAGUAGAAAAGGAGGACAAUAAUCUGCUCAGAAUACGCUCCCAGUAAAUACCUGGGGUGGAAGGUGAAGAGUACCGCAAGAUAAAUCCAGACUCCUGUGGGGUGAAGAGGAAGAUGCUGUUUAGCACUGAAUGGAGAUGCAUGGGCACCGAGUCCAGCUGGUCUCAGGACUCCUCCUGGAUGUGCCCACAGCCAUUGCCGAGGGUUGCAGACACACUUCUCUUCUGAGUCCCCUCUGUGUCCUCACUUAAGUUCCAUUUCUUGUCUCUGCUCCUAUCUGGAUGACUCUCCGUGGCAUUUUCAAUGCCACCUUUAUCAGGGGCCAUGUCCUACUGCACCCUACCAGCAGUGAACCUCAGGUGAACACCUGUCCUCCGGUGCCUACACCAUGCAGCAGGUACCCUGGGGCAUUGAUGGAAGCCCAGAUACACUCCUGUGAGCUACUCUCUGCCUUCUCAGUAAAUACAUACAAAAGCUUAGAAGUUGUAAGCAGAUACCUCCCUGUCCUCAUUUAACACAUAGAGGCUAAUCACAGUAUGAAAUAACUUUUGUUACUGCAGAGACACUAAGUUCAAAAAGAAGAAUACAUUGUAUAAAGAAAUGAAUUGUUGAAUGAAAUAAUCAAGUCCAUGAAGUGUAAACUAUGUGCAACUGUCUAAACAUUUCCUAAAGUUUUAUGUCAAGAUUUUAGGUGAGAGGGGUGAUGGGCGGGAACCUGGAGACACUGGGACUGGGAAAAGUGCUAGAGGGAUUGGUGUUGAAACACUGUAUGACUGAAACCUAAUGAACAGCUUUGUAAGGGUCUAUUGUAGUGAUUCAAUAAAAAAAUUAAGAUUUUAUAUGAGCCAUUUGCAAUUAUCUAUCAUAUAUAUAAAUGUCUGUCCAUCUAUCAUGGUAUACAUUUAUUGUUUGUUUGUUUUUGCUUUAUGGGUCACACCUGGCGAUACUCAGGGGUUACUCCUGGCUUUGCACUCAGGAAUUACUCCUGGCGGUGCUCAGAGGACCGUAUGGGAUGCUGGGAAUCGAACCCGUGCAAG